AUGAACCCAAGUGCUGUCCUCAUUUUCGGCCUUAUCCUGCUGAGCCUGAGUGGAAUGCAAGGGGUCCCUCUCUCGAGAACGGUUCGCUGCAUGUGCAUCAAAAUUGAUGAGCAACCAGUAAAACCAAGGGCCCUGGGAAAACUUGAAAUUAUUCCUGCAAGUCAAUCCUGUCCACACGUUGAGAUCAUCGCCACAAUGAAAAAAACUGGAGAGAAGAAAUGUCUGAAUCCAGAAUCAGAGGUCAUCAAGAGUUUAUUGAAAAAAGUCAGCCAAGGAAGGUUGAAAAGAGCUUCUUAACUAGAGAGAAGCCACUCACCACGGCGCUGUGACCAA